CCGUUGUAUGAGUCAGCGAGUUUAGAAAAGCCUCGGAAUACACCUGAUUCGGAACACUCCAUCCGAGACCGAUCAGUAGUAGUAGUAGUUGUCAGAGUGAAAAGUUAAGCGACGAACUAUGAACUAUUUUUAGGUGGCUUUUAAUUUCACGUGUGUCAGCUGUAGCGUUCCAGGCCCAAAGUUUCUUACAUAUCUGUUAAUACGAAGUUACCUGGAAGUAGUCUUGUGAAUGCUACAAGAAUAAUGGCUGGGAUCAAGAAAGUAACAACUUCUAGAGAGCUGCUUACUGCCAUACAUCAGAUUCAGCCUGCUUCCAAGCCGCUUCCAGGCUAUGAAGAUAGAGUGGUGUCCAGGUUCCCUCUAGGAGUGUGCAUGGAUGAAUGCUACCCAGAUUUGUACAUUGGUGACAUAGGGGCUGCUAAAGACAAGGCCUAUCUGCAGAAAGUUGGAAUUACCCAUGUUCUAAACACAGCCCAGGGCAAUAAAUUUGCAACUGUGGACACAGAUGGAGUAUAUUAUGAAGAUGUUGGUAUUAAGUAUCUAGGAAUGAAGCUGCUUGACAUCCCAACUGCAAAUAUAGCACAGUUUUUCACUAUUGGGGCCGAUUUUAUUGAAGAUGCUCUUUCUAGUGGAGGGAAAGUUCUUGUGCACUGCUAUAUGGGCAUUUCACGUUCCGCCACUAUUGCCUGUGCCUACCUAAUGCUCAAAAGAAACAUGACGGCUCUGGAAGGCCUAACUACCCUGCGCAAAAAUAGAGCCAUCUUCCCAAAUGAUGGGUUCUUGAAGCAGUUGGCAGAACUGGAUAAUAACCUUCGAUCUCAACGGGAAUGAUUAGAUGUGAUGGGGUGACUAUUUCAUUUUCAUUAUUAUGGACUUCGUAGAUAUUUUCUAUUUUAUAUGGUAAAUAUUCAGCAUUAUAGUUACCCAUCCUGACCCUACAACUUUGUAACACCAAAACUUUCUUUUCAUAAGUUUUUUCAAAUAUUUCUGUGGUUUGAACUUUCACAUCCAAAGUACAAUACCAUUGUGCUCUUAAUUGAGCUUUUCAUUGCAUCCUUUUUAUAUGAAUGAUUUGUACUUUUCAAAGUAUUAUGUAUGUAUAUGAGUCAUGUGUGACUUACUGUACUCUUUGUCAGUCUAGUUCUACCAGAAGCCAUUUAGCCGUGGAUUGGAUUUUGCACGGUUUUUGUAUUGGUGUUCAUGUACGGUAUAGUGAAUAAAUCACAUACAAACGGCCAACUCCAGCUCAGUGAGCGAAAGUAAAUCCCAUAUGUCAGACAGAGGGUUUGUAAUUUAGAAAAAAUGCAAAUUAUACUUUAAAAUUUGUCAUUUUUACUGAUUGGCAGUUUAAGAAGUAGGGUUUUUAUUGUCAAUUAGUACGUAUAAUUAAAAUUGUAGGUUAAAGUAUCUUAAAAGAGCUUAAGUCUUUGAUACCGUACAAUUGAUUCUUUGCCUCGUUCUCACUAUGGAUUUUUGUGUAGAUUCAAAGUGCUCAGGUGAAGAUUGAAAGAUAUUCUAUAGGCUACAUCCAGUACAGGCUAUAAAAUUGUAUUUUUAAUGUGCAUGAAGAUCAGAGGUAAAUCAUAAUUCUGAUAAUUGUAUUUAUGUAUGUUUAUGCAUGAACAUCAGAGAUGAUAAAUAUUUAUUCUAAUAACUAAUUUUGUAUAAGAGUGACAAUGAUUGAGGACUGUUUACUUCCUAUGGACUGUUAAGAUUUUAACUCAAGUUUUUCUUCAUUAAAUGAAUCGCUUUUUUUUUUUAAUGACUGCUGACUUUUCAAAGCUUAAAUAUAUCUUAAAAAAGACUUUUGACUUGAAAGUGAUCUAACUUCCCUGUUGAGUCUAUAUAAAAAUGCUUUCACUGCAUUUACAGUGUGAUACAUUGCUAGUCUUAAACCGUUAUUUUAACUUGUGGCCCUCACAUCAACUCGGUGGAUGAACAGACAUGCAAAAACUUGAAAUUGCUUUUUUAUGGUGUACUUCUCUAGGCAGUACUAAGAAAGCAGCCUAUUAUAGGAGUGUCUGAUUUGAGUGCCCAUGUAAAAUAUUACCCAUUUCUUGCAUUACCUUUUAUCUGCUUAGUUAUGGCUAGCAAAUAAUAUGAAAGUCUUCCUUGUCUUUUUUUAUUAGAGGUAUUCCCAUCUUCAUUUAAAUAUAUUUUCUGUUUAAAAAAAGAAGUUUUAAAUAGAAAAUUCCUUGUACCUUUUAAAGUUGUAAGACAUUUUCAGGUUACAAUGUUAUGAAAUUCUUAUCAACAUAUAUGCCGUCAUAUAAGGCGCUCAGCAUAUAAGACGACCCACCAUUUUCCAUGUAAAAAAGUAGGUUUAGUUAUGUUUAUUGUAUAAGACAACCCCCAGUUUAUUAAAUUAAAUAGCACUCAGCUGAUUAAGUUAGUUGUUAUAUAAUUUAUUUAUCAUACCAAAAAUGUGUAAAAUCAGUACUAUCUUCAAGAUUUAAAAAUUAUUGGCAAAGCUCACCAUUACAAAAAAGUACUUUUGUAUUCCCUUAGGAAAAAUAUACUAUAAACAUCAUGACAAAUGCUCUAACACUUGUGACACCAUUAUCAAUGGAGUAAUACACUUUGGAAGUGGAUCCGUUCGAGGUAGAUAUUGAGGACAUAACAAAACGCUUUAGUUUGAUUAUAAAAUACUACCAAGGAAAUACUGGCCUUUGGUAAACAAGGCUCAUUAGUCAUGCGUGAUUUGGAACAUCAAACACGGCCAUGUUUCGUAAACAAUUAAGUCAGAAUAACCUGAUUUACCUUUUCGGGAACUUCAAAUUAUCUAAUAACAUUAAAAGGGCAUUUGUAUGAUAAGUUUCAGUAACAAAAUUGUCUCAUAAUAAUGGUGCUCGGGAUAAAGCUAGUAAAGUGAGAGCUCACUCAUCCUAACAUCUAAUUAUGGUAAUUACAGUUUUUUUUACAGUAUAUAGUUGUGUCGCUAGUGAUUUCCUUGAAUUAUCUAUGGUUUUUACCCUUAUUACAGUUGUUUUGUUAAGUGUCAAUAGUUUUGACAGUAGUUAUAUAUUGACACUGCAGGGGUUAGUUUAUCAUUAAAAAUCUUGGUAGGAUUUAAGGUUUGCUUUUUAUACUUUGCAUAUAAGAUGACCCCCUUUAUGGGAGAGGUAUUUUAAGGUUGAAACAAUCCCCACAUUUUGGGGGAUACUUUUUAAGGUUAAAGGGUCACUUUAUAUGCCGGCAUAUGUGGUAACCAUAGUUAUUUUUCAAGUCCCAGUGAUAUUGUACAUAAUAGUGCAGUCCUGCAUAAAUUUUUUAUAUGUAGAGUACACCAUUCUCAUGAAUAGAUAAAGGAUUUACACAAAGUUUGUGACAUCUUUGGUGGUGCUAUGAAACAGUAUUACCAAACAUAAAAAUAUUGCUGACCAAGUCUAGUAUGUAAUGGCAAUUUCCAGAAGUACACAAAAAAAUUACCUGAUUUAAUGUUCAUCCCUUUUGAUAUUUCUGACAUAUGCUCAUUAACUAAGGGUAAUGGAAUCUGUCUUUCUUCAAAGCUUACAAUGAAUUCCGCAUGUAAUUACAUUCAGUUUUGCAUGUAAAGCCAAUCAAACAACCAGUUAUUGCACCAUUAAGCAAGCAAUUUCAAGUUUUUUUUCUCUCUCUUAUUCUGUUAUAGAAAUUGUUGGCAUUUGUAAAAUAAAUUAUGAGUAGAGUAUAUGACCAGUAUUUAAAAAUGUUUAGAUCUUUUAAUUGCAUUUCUGACAUAUGCCCCCUGGAAUAGUAUUGCACACCGAGUUGUAAGAUGGGUGCAGUUUUAUAGCUAUUUUUUACCUUUUGUUAAGGAACAAAGUGCUUUUCAAGCACAAUAGAUAUAUUUGUUUUUGUUUUCACUUGUAUAAUAAACCAAAGACAUUCCUCUUUUUAAUUGGGAAGCAUACUGUUUUGAAUUAAAUCUGCUUAGAGCUGGAUAAACAUAUUCACCAUCAAUAGGUAUCAAGAUAGCAGUGUUGAAGGUAUUCAUGACUGACUUUUUCAUUCAUUUUUAUUUUUUUUAGUUUCAAACACAGAGAAGUUACAAAGGUUAUAAAAUCUUUUAGGAAUUGGAGCUUUUAUCUCCCAGUUUGUGAACCUAAUUCAGCUUGAACAAUUUGAAGACAAAGUGAGACAAUAGCAAUAGGACUUAACUUAUGCAGCUUGAACCUAAAUAAAAAGGGAGGGGGGCCUCACUCCACCAAUUUAGUCUAAGGAAUUACUUUAACCAAAGAGUUCUUAUCUCAAAUUAGGCAGGUAGGUCAUGUGUGAUUAUAGGUUGAUGCUUUACAAAUAACUGUCACUAACUUCAAUUAUAUGCCUGCUUCAAUGUUCCUAGCCUUUGAACUGCAGAAACCAUACUGCAAUAUUAUUUAACUCCACUUUUGAUGUAAUACAGGCCGUCCCCAGUUAUCGGCGGACUUCGUUAAUGACGAUCCGGUUUUAUGGCACUAGACAACAAUUUAUAAAGCCAUUAGCCAAAACUCAGCACUUAUAAAUUGCCGAGUUAUGGUUAAUGGCAGUUUUCGCUUGUCAGCACCCAACAAGGACAGAACCCCAGCUAAUAACUGGGGACUGCCUUUAUAUGCAUAAAAUAUGUACACUUAAAAAGGUAUUAAAUCAAAAGUCACGUGCUUCUCAGUGCUAGUUAUGCUUCAAGAAAAAAUGUAGUUCAUAGUUAUUUACUGACUAAAAUUCCUCCAUAUAUGAUUUAUUUUAUAAAUCAAAAGUUAUCAGUUUCAAGUUCAUCUUGAUGAAAGCCAAGGAAAUAUUACUUUUCGUAGUACCCAGGGUAAUGCAUGGGUUAACUUUAGAGAGAAACUGUAAGGGUUUGAAUUGUUAUGUAAGUGAAUAAUCCAGAAAUCUUUUGGGCAUGCAUGAUGUGAAUAGACAAUGAUGGGUGUUUGUAAAGUCAGUUGUAUUAGGUAAAUUUACCUCUGAUUUCACUGUUGAUUAAGAUUGGUAUUAAUGAUUCUGUGAACUGGCGUCACAACAAGGGUCAUCAGUGCCGUGAUUAGUAACACUGGAUGAUAAGAAUAGGUUUAAAAUAGUAAUUAAGAGUAGAUAUAUCUGGUGAAUAAGAUUUUUUUCAUACAAUGCUUUUUACAAACUCAAAUUGUGAACAUUAGUAAAUCCUUAAAAUAAUGAGGCAAUAAAAGCAAAGAAAAGAAAAUUGGUAAGGAGUGCACACAAAUAAGAACAUUAUAGAUACUACAACAUAGCUAUGACAUAUGAAGUUUAUACAUAUGGAAAUGUAUGGAUUGUAUGGCAUAAAAAAUCUGGUUGAUUCUCUUUAGGACAAGAGUUAGCUGUUAUGUUAGUAAACAUUUGUGGGCUCAUAUGUUGCUUUAUUAGGGCUUUUCUAAUAUUUAGUAUUUAUAAAAGCAUGAGCCUUUGCCAAAUUUAUACUUCAUGUGUAAUUGUGAUUGUGCUUCUAGUAUGAUUACUUUGUUUUCCCUUAAAAAUAUUCCAUUAAAAAUUUAAUGCAGUAUAAAUCUGAAAUUACAAGAAACUAGAAAUCAAUUAUUUGUCAAACUUGCUUUAUGUUUCAUGCAACUUGAUUGCAGUGUUAGGAACUAAGCAAUACAGAACAUCAGUAGUUCUUCCUUUGUAAUGUAGAGCUCUUUACUCUGUAUUACCAUCAGGAAUAUUAGUGAUAUAUUAGCACUGCAGAACUAUAUUGUGAUAUUCACAAAGAUGGUCCUGGGUAAGGUUCAAGAAUUUACCUAGCAAUGUAAAUUAGUGAUUCCUGAAACAAACUUUAUUUCUUAUGAACUAAUGUAAUACAUUGGUGGGUUAUUUAACUUUCCAAAAGAUUGAUAUAUGUGUGCAGAAACCUGAACAGAAACAUAUUUCAGAAAGUGACUAAGUGGAUACUAUAGUACAUAUUAGAUGUUUGUUCAGCAACUGAUUCAGUUUUACAAUUUGGUAUUUUUCUUUAGAACAUUCAGUUAAUUUUUUAAACUUGGUCACAAAGCUUAGAGCUUUUUAAGGCUUUCUUUUGAGUUUUUAUAUUUUAUAUUUUGUUCUUUUUGAACCUUGUUAAUAUCUUAAUGCAAAGAUUAAUGAAGCUUUCAGCAGCUAAGUAGAGUAUUGUUAUGGUAGUCAUUGGACUUGUUUACAUAUACACUGCAUUUGUUGAAGACUAGCUGAGGAUACCAUUUUAUAGUAAUGUUGCAUCAGUGCUAUAAUCAGUCUUGUAUUUUGAAGGUUUAGUUACACUGUUUUUCAUAACAUUCUGUUUUUGUUAUCUUGAUAUAUAAUAUAUGUCAGAAAAGAUGCUCAUAAUCACUUCAUUAUUUAUAAAAAUUUAUAUAUCUGAACUGCAUUUGCAUGAGUUUAUUUUUAUCAGCUUUUACUUAGAUAUUUUCUUACGCCAAUAAGUUUUUUUAGUGAUACCCACAUGAUAAGAAUGAAUAUAUUUUGUAUUAGUUAUUUUCUGAGUUAUGUUAUAAAUCUCAAGUUAUUUUGCUGAAAUGAAAUAUAUCUAAGAAGUGGUUUAUUGGUUUCCUAUCAAUUAAAUCUUAGGUACUUUGAUACAUCAUAUGGGCAUGUGCAUUUCUAAUUAUAGUCUACUUUGAGAAAAAUUACUCUUUCAAGUCUUCUGGCUUCUAAAAUAGUAUGUAGUUUUCCGAGGUAAUGUAAUGUUCCUCUUUGUACAAGUCAGUGUCAUAUUAUUAAGAAGAGUAGCUUUUAAUUAUCUUUUUCAUAUAACAAAAUUGAGAAAACUUUAUUUUCCAACAGCAGGAAAUGCAUUGGUUCUUCAGUUUUUAUUUUCUUAAGUGUUUUGCAAGUAUUAUUGUACUCAGAUAUACCCAUUAUUGUAACUGUGUAUCUGCUAUGUAUAAUAGUAUCUUGUAAGCAUUACUAUGUGUUGUUAUUGAUUUGAAUAUGGAUGUCUAUCUCAUUUAAAAGUAUUUAGUUUCUACACUCUGAUCAUGAAUAACAAAUUGGUUAUUUCUAGAAGACUUGAAAUGUCUGAAAUUGCUAGAAAUCUAUUUUAUUAAGACAGUCCCCCUAUUCAGUUUAUCUACUUUGAAACACAAUAUUUAAAGUGAAAUUUUGUGGGAUAUGCUUGACAUUGAUGUUAACAAAUUCAAAUACUUUAAAUUCUAGGAAUGUGCCAUGACAUUGAUGUUAACCAAGUAUUUGACCAAAAAAAUAAUUCUUUUUGGGUUUUCCUACAAGUGACUUUAGGGUUUAGAGCUAAAAUAUUGAGCUAAUUAGAGUAAAACAGAGAUAACUUUGGAUUUAUGAAUGAUAAUUGUUGAGUUUUUCGUGAUAAAAGAAAAAUGUGUGUGCAAUAAGGGAUGGACAUAAAUAUGUACAUAUUUUUUGUCUAGAAUAUUUAUAACAUGUCUCAGGAAAAUGUUGGCUGCAAUCCAUUGACAUUAAAUUGUUGCUGUUUGAAGUGGCACUAAUUGUGAUGUAGCAAUCACCUGAAAAGUACUAAAUUAUCUAUUUGUUAUUUUGCUUUAUAAAGUAAUUGUUGCUUAAAAGUUAAUCACUGAUUGUGGUGUGUGCUUGCAGACCUAGAAUGAUCCUUUAUAACUGUCCUGUUUUUCAUUUUAAUGGAAAGGUUAACAUUGGAAGUACUUCCUGCUUAUCAUCAUUUUUUGCUCAUUAUAAGUACAGAAAAGUAUCAAAAGUAUUUUAUCUGUAGAGUGAAAUUAUUUUGUGUCAAUAAAGAUGUGUUACCAUCA